AUGGGGAAUCCUCCACCACUUUCCCUGUGUCCAGAAGGUCUGCAGACCCGAGGAUACUCAGAUGAAGUCCGCCGGCAGCUGCGCAGCUUUGCUGCAGAGGUCACAGCAAACCCAGACAAGAAGCAGCGGGAGGAGUUGGCUAAGGACAUGAACCUGCAGCCAACUCAGGUCUAUAACUGGUUUGCAAAUUAUCGGCGCCGUCAGAAGUCCUUCCCCGCUCCUGUGGAACAGCUCAGCCAGUCCUGCCCCGGGAGGGCUCUCACUCACCACCCUAAGGAGGGGCAGGGUGAAGGAUUCUACGCUCCACAGGCUGCAGAUGGAUCUUGUGUUGGAAGCGGCUCUGAGCAACUGGAGAUAACCCUCAGGCCCUGUGACCCAGGGUGGGAGCAGUCAGCUGCAGAUCUGAAUAAGCCUCCUGAAGGAACGUAUUUAAAGAUGCUAGAAUCCAGCUUUGUGCAGAGCAGUGAGCUGUGUGAGAAGAGGACGAGCAAUGCCUCGUGGAGCGCUCACAUCCCCAGACAACCUAUGGGCUUUGGCACUGAGGCUGUGCUGGAACCAGGAACCUGCUUCAGUGCAGCUGUCCUGCAGCCCAGAGAAGUGCCAGGCAACAGUGAUGGCAGCCCCCAGCUGGCUGACUCUGCCCUGUGCCCUCGUGGGUCUCUGACCUUCCCAGAUGAGCAGCUGGCCAUGGGGCAGGCCCCUUGCAGCACCAGAGGAGUCUCUAGCUCCAUGUGGACCCCAAGUAUGGAAGGUGUCAGAGCUCACUUGAGCAAAGUCCCUCAAGGUGGCUGUAUUGAGAUCUGUUCAGGAAGAACACUACACAGUCAGAUUUAGAGUCUGAAAGCU